GUUAGACUGUUAGAGAGCUAAGGACGAUAAGGACAAGUUAUUUUUAGUACGUGUCUCCAAAUGGGCCCCUGAAGGAGAUUCUGGUAGUUCCUCCACCGGCGAAAAAUGGCUGAGGCAAAGAAUUUGGGGGUGGUUGGCAGUGGGCAAAUGGGUUCAGGCAUAGCUCAGCUGGGUGCCAUGCAUGGUCUCCAUGUUUGGCUCCUCGAUACGGACCCUACCGCACUUUACAGAGCCAACAAAUCCAUCUCUUCUUCCCUUCAACGUUUUGUUUCCAAAGGCCAAAUCUCACAGGCUGCUUGUACUGAAGCUUUGAGGCGUCUGGAAUAUACUUCAAAUAUAGACGAGCUCCGAUCUGCAGAUUUCAUUGUUGAAGCAAUUGUAGAAUCAGAAGAUGUGAAGAAAAAGUUGUUCAUCGAACUCGAUAAGAUCACUAAGAGUUCAGCCAUUUUAGCAUCUAAUACAAGUUCCAUCUCCAUUACUCGAUUAGCAUCUGCAACUAGCAGACCAUGCCAGGUCAUUGGAAUGCAUUUCAUGAAUCCUCCUCCAAUAAUGAAGUUGGUUGAGAUUGUUCGAGGUGCAGACACAUCGGAUGAAACAUUUCAUGCGACAAAGGCAUUGGCGGAGAGGUUUCAUAAGACGAUAAUAUGCUCCCAGGACUAUUCGGGCUUUAUCGUGAAUCGAAUCCUUAUGCCAAUGAUAAAUGAAGCAUUUUUCACACUAUAUACUGGGGUGGCCACCAAGGAAGAUAUUGAUACAGCGAUGAAGUUAGGAACAAAUCAUCCAAUCGGUCCCUUGGAGCUUGCUGAUUUCAUUGGACUCGAUGUGUGUUUAUCGAUAAUGAAAGUUCUACAUGCUGGUCUAGGAGACAGCAAAUAUGCCCCUUGCCCUCUUCUUGUGCGGUAUGUCGAUGCAGGUCGUGUUGGGAGAAAAUGUGGCGUCGGGGUAUAUGACUACCGUAAGGGGUCUGAACCUAUGAAGGCAUCUCCCCGACUCUGAAUAUAUCUUGUUUCAUGGAUAAUGAAUACCAAAAGCAGUGCCUAAAUAAGGUUCGUAAGUCAUAUUGAGAACUUGUCAGUACAAGUUUCUGGAAUGAAGGGGUAUGGAAAUAUAUGUACCUUCUUUCUUUUUUCUUGACUGUUUCCAUUGAUUCCCUUUCUUCUUAAAGUAUGAUUGGGAGAAUAAGAUGGGGACUCUUCAAUUGGGAAACUUAUGCUUUAGAAAAUUAAGAAUCAGGGGUGGCAUAGUGGUGCAGUAAAGGAUAUACCAUGCGUCUAUCAAAUAAGGAAUGCUACAGAAACAUGCAGGAAAUUUUCAGGUAAAAAUUUGUAAUAAAAUUUCCCUGAUGAAACUGUUAAAAUCCCCUUGUGAACUACAUUUUAGAUGUUGUCUGAUCUUUAAAAAAUUCUCUAAAUACAUAAAAAAAUUUAAAUA